AUGUCGGUCGCUUCCGACGCCUCUACCUUCAUGGCUUCUUCCACCCUCAAGACAUCCUCCACCCUCAAGACAUCCUCCACCCUUAAGACACAGACCAUGGCCACUGAGGACCGCAACAUUUCCCGCUACGAGACGACGGCCGUCUACACACACCCCGACGCCGAGGUCGACAUUGUGCUCGUCCACGGCCUCAACGGCCGUCCCGACAGCACCUGGACGGCCGCCAACGGCACCUUUUGGCCGACCGACCUGCUCCCGGCGUCGCUGCGCGGCGUGCCCGCCAACGUGCUCGUCUACGGCUACAACGCCGACGUCUACUCGCGGCACAACAACCGCAGCGCCAGCGACAACUUCAUCCACCAGCACGCCCAGACGCUCGUGACCAGCCUGACGCUCUUCCGCCGCGGCGAGGGCCGCGCGCAGAAGCCCAUCAUCUGGGUCGCGCACUCGCUCGGCGGCAUCCUCGUCAAGCGCGCGCUGCUCUACUCCAACGACCUGCGCGCCGCGCACCACGACGACUACCGCUCCAUCUUCGUGUCGACCUAUGGCAUCGUCUUCCUCGGCACGCCGCACGCGGGCGCCGACGCCGCAUCCUGGGGCUGCGUCCUGCAGGCCAUGAGCGACGCGGUCCUGCCGCGCAAGUUCUUCGAGUCGGAGAGCGUGCUGCUCAAGACGCUGAAAAAGGACAACGAGACGCUCGCCAACAUCAACAACCACUUUCUGGACAUUUACCAGCGCUUCCGCAUCCACAUGGUGCACGAGAACCACAAGACGGACAUUAAAGGCACAAAAGUCCUCAUUGUCGACUCCAACUCGGCCAGCCCGCAGCUCCCCGGCGUCACCUACUACGGCGUCGAGGCGUCGCACUCGAAAAUGUGCAAGUUUGACUCGCCCAGCGCGCCCGGCUUCCGCGCCGUCUCGACCGACAUCCGGCAGUGGGUGGUCGACGCACCGGCGCUCGUCCAGCGCCGCUGGGCCGCAGAGGAGCACGAGCGCACCGCGCGCUUCCAGAGCGAGUUUACCGAGCGCAUGGCCUCGCCCUUUAUGAGCACGUCGCCGCCGUUGUUCGUGGCUUCUCCGCCGCCGCCUCGCUCGCCUGCCUCGCCGUCGAGGCCGUCGUCGUCGGUGUCGCUGGCCUCGCUGCCGCCACCGUACGCGGCGCUGCUUCGUCGCGACGACGAAGCCGCUGCCCCGACGCCGCCGCCGCCACCUCGUCGAGCGAGCGACAUGGCGAUUCGCUUCUCCCGCAGUAUGUUUGAGAAGGCGCUGCAGGACGGCAUGCUCAUGAUCAGCCGGGAUGAUGUGAGCAUGCAGCCCCGAAGGUCAAUCUAA